AUUCUAAAUCGUAUUUUUCUGUAAAUAGAUGAGUAGCUCUGCGUCAAAAACUCAGGAAAUAAGCGUCGUCAUAGAUCCCCGUGAUGCGCUUACAAACAGCACCAACGGCAAUAAACCAAACGGCCCAAAACCGAAAUUUCAGACAAAGAUUUGCGAUCACUGGCGACGCUCGGGCAGCUGUUCGUAUGGCGACGCGUGCUGGUAUGCUCACGGUGAAGACGAUCUUCGUAAAGUGGUCCGGAUUGAUCGUUCGAACGAAGAAGAGAAUGAGCGACCGGCUACUGCUGAAAUUCAAAAGUCGCCGACAAAGCGUGCAUCAACCAACGUCAAAGGAUUAACAGUGAAUAUUCCAUCGAAUACUGCCUUCAAAGAACAAAACUCUUCGAUGCCGUUAUCUCCAGCUCAGGAAAGAUGGAUUUCCAUGUCAAUUGGAGCUGUACCACCACCAACCAGCUCAGCUGCAGAGAAGGAUGCGAUUUCAUCAUUAUCUAAAAACGGUGUCGAGCAAGAACAGGAAAAGAAGCAUGAAAUAUGUUCUCGUGACGAUGAUAUUGACGAUUACGGAUUUUUGUCUCCGAAUCCGUUCCCAUACCCGCAACAGUCAAUGUUCUCAGCUGGAUUUCCAUCUCAUGGACACCAUCAACGUUCCUCGAAUCGUGCUACGCAAGGGGUUCCUUCUCAACAAUUUGGAGGGCCAGUCAACAUCCCUGGUCAAGAUCCGAAUCGUUUGGGAUCUGGAGCAUACCAUAUCCCACCACAGCACCAAAGAUCAAGAUCCAAUGUUCGUACUUCACGAGAGGUCGGCGGUCCCCCUCCGCAAUUUCAACAAGCGAUUUGGAAUGUUGCUGGUGAAAUCUAUCAACGUCAGAAGGACAUAGAGAUAGGCGGACAGAGAGUUGGACCCAAUGAUCGUCAACCGACUCAACAGAAAAAUUCGGAAAUGGAUCGACUUUUGUCUAAACUGAAAAUGAAAGAUUUGAACUACCUUCGUUUUAUGAUAGAGCGAGGAUAUAUCAACGAGCGUGACGUGUCUAGGCAAACUUCGAGUGAUCAAAUGAGUAAUGGUCAUCACUUCAAUGCUCCUAUGACCCCACCAUACCAUCCACGACUUGCAGGAAACGAACCAAAUACUUCGGACUGUCAUUACCAUGGAACUGGAAAUCGUUUAUCAAAUUUCAUGCCAGGACGUCAUCGUCCCCCACAUCAACAUCCAAUCCAUCAUCAUCAUCAGUCACAACAUCAGCUACACCAGCAUCAGCAAUAUCUGCAUCAUGCUGCUCAGCAAUACCGUUAUUCGCAUCAACAGGGACCUCAACAUCCGUUUGCGGCUCUUCUCUCACCACCGGAGAUCUCGGAGUCCUUGCUCCCACCUGAUGACUCGUUUUCGAUUUGGCUCGAGCCGAAGCCGAAAAAACAGUCCGGAGCCAUGACACGAACUCGCGGAGCUGCGACGAUCAACGAAUCGAGUUCUGCGGCAAGUCUGCUCACAAAAAUGGAUGCUCUUCGAUCAGACAAGUAUCCAAUUACAGACGAGGAAAUGAUGAUGGCUAAUGAUUUUGUGAGACAAGGCGAUCGAGAUGAUAAACUAAGCUCCAGCGAAAGCUCAAGUCCUGUCGUGAUGUCUUUGAUGGAACUAUUGAGCAACGAGAAUCUGCUCGAUCAAGUAGCAACCGAAAAACCAAAGUGUUCUAUGUUCGAUUUUGAUACUCUAAAAAUCGCCGAAACUCUCAAGGAGCCACUGCAAUCUUCCGAAUGUUCAACUACAACAUCAAGCAAGAUGACCUGCUCUCCAAUGUUCUUUUUCGUAGAUGAAAAGACACCAAACUACGACGGCUCAGGAUCGAAAAGCCUUUUCACUCCGUCAUCAUCGGCCGGCCAGACGCCUUCAUUCCUGGAACCUUGCGAUUUUUUUGCAGCCACCGGAUCGUGCCCCUUCGGUGACGCCUGUCAUCAGAGUCACUCGAUUUAGGAGGACCAGCGAUGAUUUUAAAGCCCAUUAUUGUAAUCAUUUUCUCAUUUCUCACCCAAUUCAGUUUCUAAAUUUUAUACUUUAUCAUUUUGUCCUUUUUCAUCGUAAUUUUUGUUCUACUCGCAGCUCUUCUUUAGUUUUUUGUAUGUAUUUAGGGUUUCUUGUAGAGGAUAUGGAUACUUCCAGCUUUUUCCCACCCACAUAAUCUUGUUUUCCUCAAGUGAUACGGAUACCAUCCACAAAAGUACGAUAUUCAUAAUUUAAAUUUUGUAUUUUUCUUCACUUUUUGUUCCAUUUACACUUGUUUUCAUUAUUUCUAACGAGCCCGCGCCGCUCUUGACACUAGCUUUGUAAUAGUAAUAGUUAGCUGUAGUUGUAGUAAGUUUUAGCGAACAUUCAUCUAAUAAAUCUAUAAAUGUGAAA